CUCCGUCGAGGGAGAACGUAGAGGAGAGGGAACCAGAUUACGGAAUUGUAACUUCCGGUCAUUAUAAUUUUCGCGGAUUUCCAUGUUGAUAGCUUUUUGGAGCUUUAGAAAAUAACAGUGUGAGGAUGUCAGACGAAUCUUUAAUAAAACAAGUUAAUCAGGAUGAGUUUGAAGAUAAGAAAAAAAAUGAAUCUAAAUUACUUGUUGUUGAUUUUUAUGCCACUUGGUGUGGUCCUUGUAAAAUGAUUGCACCUAAAUUACAGGAAAUGGCCAAAGAAUUUUCUGAUGUAAUGUUUCUAAAAGUUGAUGUAGAUGAAGAGGAAGACUUAGCACAAAGCUGUGGGAUUAGUGCAAUGCCUACUUUUCAGCUAUACAAAGGCGGGCAAAAGGUAGGGGAGAUCACUGGAGCUAAUGCAGAUAAAUUAAAAGAGUUGAUUAUGGAAAAGAAAUAGAACAAACUUACAUAUGUCACAGUGAACAAUGAGUAGCUUGCCUUCACAUCAUGGAAAUAAUUAGUCAAAACCAUGUGUCUUACAAAAUUUUCUAUUUUCAAAAGCUUAACAACUUGUUAUUUGGUAUCAUUUCUUACAAAAUUUUUGACCCAAUAAAUGUCUUGUGUAAUUUUUUAA